AUGCAAUCGCAACCGCAACAGCCCAGUUCACCCACUGAUACCCAGGACACAGCAGCGCCAACAACUAUGCACCCAGCAGCGCCUGCAGGACAGGCCGAUUCCCCCAGCGCAUCCCAUCUGCAAGACAACCCCCCAGCGGCGCCACCCCUGCCAGGUCCUGCCGUGCCCACUCCGCCUGAACAGCCCCAGCUGGACUCCACGCCACCCUCAGCCACACCAUCCACCACGCCCGCACAGGGUGCUGCUGUGGCUGCCGUGGCAGAGCAAGCAGCACCCGCGCCGUCUGCACCCCUCUCUUCACCGGACCAUCCUUCCACCGCCCCGCCCUUCCCGUUCGAUCCCUUGGCACCCAGCGCUCCUUCAUUCCAACAUCUGCCCUUCCUCUCUGCCGCACUCGCCCAGCAGCAGCAGCAGCAGCUGGGCGUGAACGCCCCGCUGCUAGGUCCCAGGCAGGCCGGUGCAGGUGGUGCGUUUGGAGCAUUCCAGGAGCCACCACGGGUACAGAAGCGCUCCACAAUGCGCCUGCUGCUCUCCAUGCAGCAACUGGUGCUGGCGGCACAGGCCACCACGCCAGUGCGACUAGCUGUAGCCCUGCUGCUGGCGUUGCUCUACUGCCUGCGCAUGCUUCCACUGCACUGCCCGCACCUCACACACUGGCUGCCUGGCCUCACAGCAUCUGCUGGAGCAGGAACCGAGGCACCUGAGGGGCUGACAGCAACAGCAGCGGGAUUGAAUGAAGCUUCUCUCUCCUCUCCCCCCUCGCUGCUGUCGUUCCUCUUCUUCCUGCCCGCGCACCCCUGUCUCACUGUGCUUGCCACGGACGCUGCUCUCAUCGCGUCCUCCUUGCUGCUCCAGACGUUCAUCUCUCCCAGACAUGCCGCUGCCAGCCCUGCAGGCCUCGCAGGGCUGCUGCAGGGCUUGACUGCUGCAGCAAGGCAAAGCGAGGGGGAGAGUGGGGGAGCAGGAGCAGCAGGAGCGAGCCCGUUGAGUGAGAUGAUGGGCAUGAUGGAGCGCACGGGGUAUUGGAUGGCACGUGCUGGCAUGGUGAGGGAUGUGCUGCAUGGGCUGCUGCUCAACCUCAGCGUGUUCCUCGUCGCGCUUGGCUGUGCUGUGGCUGCUGCAGAGGCAGCAGGGCAAGGUGCCAUGUGUGCUGCGGUGGAAUGGGGUGUGGAGGGGGCGGUGAGGCGUGGAGGGGGGCUGCUGGAGCUGUGGCAGGUAACUCUCGAGGAUGAGCUAAUUCGCUUGGUACGGGAGUUCGGCGGCAAGACCGAGUUGGGCAGCGCACCUGUUGAUGGCGGAGCAAGAGCGGUCACCCGAAUUCCUGCAGGCACAGCAGCGGCAUACAUACGAGUGAAGGAGUUCUACCUUCAGCGUGGAUUGUGUAACCGGAUGGCACUCUCUGAGGAGCUCUCUUCAUUGAAGAUGAAAGAGGGGGAGGGGGUGGCUGCAUACUGGGCGCGUGCCGAGGACUUGAGGUCCAAGUACUUGGCAGCAGGAGGAAAGGAGGAGGUUGAGGAGUGGAUGAUGAGGAUACUCAAAGGACUACCUCCUCACUUUGAGAUGCUGAAGGUGGUGAUGAACAACCAGUCAUCAUCGCUCACUAAGGAUCAGCUGCUUACCUCCUUGAGGAGCGAGGAGAUGCGGAUUGGUGUCGCACCAAGAUCGGAUGGUGUAGCCACAUUUGGAGCGGGUACGAAAGUGGGCAGCAGCGGCAGGGGAAAUUGGGUCAAGGGAGGAAAGCAUGGAGACAGCGGUAGCAGCAGUGACACCAACUCGGGCAGAUGGGGUCAAGGGAAAGGCAAAGCGGGAGUGCUUGAUUUCCCUUGGGGGUCCAAGGGCAUGGCUCCUCGGGGGUUGUGUCAUGGCUGUUGGGAUGAGGGACAUGCAUGGCAGCGAUGUCCUCAUCGACCUAAGGGAGGCAUUCCGACAUUCUUACAGCGGGGGGGUCGUGGGUCCAACGGCAAGGCACAGGUGGCGGAUGAGGAGGAGCAGGAUGACAAGGCAGAGGCAGUGGUUGGAGAAGCAGUUGCAGCAGUGGGAGAGGAGCAGCCGCGAGAGGGGUGGUGGAUUGACAGUGGGGCCAGCCACAACUUUACUCCUUAUGCAUCGGACUUCAAAAGUAAGCUUCAACCACCAGAGGUUCGGGGAGUUAGAUUGGGAGAUGGACGGGUGGUGAAAGCUGUUGGCAUGGGUGAGGUGCCAGUGGUUGGUGCUGGAGGUCAGCUGCUGAGGAUUCAAAAGGUCCACCUUGUGCCUGAGAUGCACACGCGUCUGCUGUCAGUCCCACACCUCACCUCUCGAGAUGUCAUUGUCACAUUCAAAGGCAAGAGAUGUGUCCUUCAACGGGGGGAGCGGGUGUUGGCGAUUGGAGAAAAGGAGAGGGGAAGGGACCAUGGAUUGGUGCGGAUGUUUCUUCCUCUUGCUCAGGGCACACAGGGCAGUGCUCUUGCAGCUAAGUCGUCCUCCUCAUUUUCCCCAUUGACCCUUGCCCAUCGCCGCCUUGGUCAUACCGCCCCCACAACAUUGCAACAGAUGGCUCGGGGGAACAGUGUACUGGGCUUGGAGAUUGGGGGGGGGAACACUGAUUGUUCCCCAUGUGAGCCCUGCUUAUUGGGAAAGUCGGCUCGGAAGCCGUUUCCCCAUGAGGCGUCUCGGGCACUUGGGCCUUUGGAUGAGGUCCACAUGGAUUUGUGGGGGCCGGUGCGCACACCAUCACUGGGAGGAGCGGUGUAUGUCCUCAGUCUCAUUGACGACUUCACCAGACGAGUUUGGUCGUUCCCCCUCCCCAACAAGGAAUCGGCCAUAGUUGCAAAAGUCCUUCGCCAGUGGCAUAAGGACGUGGAGUUGGAGUGUGGGCGGAAGCUGAAGGCUGUUCGCUCGGACAGGGGUGGCGAGUUCUUGGGGGAAGCUGUAAAAGCAUGGAAGGCAGAGUUUGGCAUUAAAACUCAAUUGAGCGUCGCAGAUACACCGCAACAGAAUGGGGUUGUGGAGAGGUGGCACAGGACGAUGGCAGAGGGGAUUCGCACAUUGUUGGUCGACAGUGGUCUCCCUGCUCGCUUGUGGGGUGAAGCAUUGAUGUGGGUCGUGUGGGUUAAGAACAGGGUCACCCACAGUGCUUUGCCUGCCUCCAUCACACCAAUGGAGGCGUGGUCCGGCCAGAAGCCGCAUGUGGGCAUGGCUCGGAUUUGGGGUUGCAUGGGGAGUGUCAUGUUGCAUGGGCAUGAGAAGGGUGGCAAGCUUGAUGCACGGGCUGUCAUGUGUGUCUGUGUUGGGGUGGACAUGGAGAGCAAGGGUUGGCGCAUGCUGGACCCUUCUAUCAUGCGCAUUCGCAUUGCUCGGGAUGUUGAUUUCCUUGAGAAUGUGAUGUGGAAGGAUUGGGACAAGGCAAAGGAAUUUGGGGAGCUUCUGCAGGAUGCAGCUGCAAUUUCCCAACUCCUCCCUCUUCCACUCUCGCCACCUUCAGCAACGGCUGACGACGUUGAGAUGCCACUUUCACCACUGCCACCGGCACCGCUGAGUGUGUCGGUGCAGCAGCAACCCACCCCUCUGCAGCAGCUCAGUGGCCCCUCGGUCAUUCAGCGGAGAUCCGCUACACAGGCUACUUCCUCUUCCUCCUCCUCUGGUCAGCGCUCUAUCCCUCUCUCUACGGGUGCCCCUCCGUCACCAGCGACUACCUCCCCACCACCGGUUACGGGUUUGCAGGUGCUUGGUAUCCAGUCUGGUACAGGUGGUGAGGAGGUAGGGGGGGAUGCUGGUGUGGUUGAGGGCAUGCUAUGUUUGGCCAGGGAGGUAGAAGGUGUUGCACUGGCAGGUGUGAGCACAGGCAGGCGCUGA